AUGGGUACCAAGUCAGACGAAUUCGACUCAGCAAUGCGCAACGUUCUCACUCGCAACACCCCGGCCGUUCUCGAGUCCUUCACCGAUGAGGUCGAAUAUGCAAUUUUCAACACAAUCGGCCCGUGUAAAGACUGGACGCCAAUUGUUGCUCGCAAGGCCAUGUGCAAAGUCGCCUCUCUUAUGUCUGGAAGGGCAUUCGUGGGACUUCCACUAAGUCGUGAACCAGACUGGGUCGAAGCCAAUGUCAAUUAUACAGCCGAUGUCUCCAAGGCUUGGAUGAUUCUCAAGAUGAUCCCUCAGCCUAUCCGGUUUUUCGUUGCCCCAUUUCUCCCUCAGGUACGAAGCUUGAAGCGUCAGCGGAAGAAUAAUGAGGCGAAACUGGCACCACUUCUGCGAGAGAAACAGGACUCGUCUUCUGCUACUUCCGCCAGCAAGGAGAAACCUGUUGGAGGAGAUUUGCUCGACUGGUUCAUUUCUCAGUACAAAACGACCCCAACGGUUCAGGAGCUUGGCAGAGAUCAACUGCUAGCAACUUUUGCUUCAAUCUACAAUUUAUCCAACGCCUUGACCUACAUCGCCUUUGACCUAGCUGCCACUCCCGAGGAAGAUGUAGAAGAGAUGCGAAAGGAGUUGACCGAAGUUCUUGGAGAAGAUGGCGUGAUUGAUAAGAACUCGUUGGCCAAACUGAAAAAGCUAGAUAGCUUUGCCAAGGAGUCGCAGCGCCUUUGUCCUCCGUCACUAGUCAAUAUUCCCCGUAUCGUCACGAGCCCUGAAGGACUCAAGACAUCUACCGGGGACGUUCUUCCUACGGGAACACGCAUGACCAUCAUGAGCCACUUCAUCAACCACGACCCUAAAGUAUAUCCCGAUCCAGAGAAAUUUGAUCCGUUCCGCUUCUCUAGACUUCGCCAAGUUCCAGGGAACGAGACUAAAUACCAGCACGCAUCAACAGGUCUUGACAACAUCAAUUUCGGGCACGGUAUUUGGGCAUGUCCUGGUCGGUUCUUUGCCAGCGCUCAGAUUAAGGUGGUGCUUGCGCAUCUACUCAAGAACUAUCAUGUUAACCUCAAGAAGGGCACUGAUAAGCCAGGGCAAAUUCAUUAUGGCUUGGCUAUCUUGCCUGAUGCACAGGCUGAGAUCAUGUUUAAGUCGCGGAAAUAA